UUUCCCACUUUUCUCCCCAUUUGUAUUUUCUUUUCUUUUUCAUCAUUCUCAUGCUGAUAAAUUAAUCCGUUUGUGUUGGUUAUUUUUUGCUCACUCAAUAAUAAUCCAUUAAUUUAUUUCACUCUUUUCCGCUCCUGCCACUAGUUCACGUUUUUUGACUGGAACAAAACAUGGCCAAUAAAAACUUUUAAAAUAAUUUUGUGUAGUAUAAAUUAAAGUUUAUAUUUUACAUGAAGUUAACUUUUGCUAAAGUCGAUUGAACUUAAUUUUUUAUAUAGUCGCUGUUACACCAUACAUGUUAAACACUUAGACGCCGGGUCAAUAAGGUCUAACGUCUUACUACCUGGUGAACACAUUUCUUCAUCUUGGUCUUCUUGCGUUCUUUCAUCUUUCUUCUUGUACUAUUGAUAAAUUGAUGUCACAAAUGAAACGAAACCAGAAGUAGAAUACAUCUAUUAACUUUGAAGACGGCUAUCAACCUUCAAAUUUGUCAACUAUCAAAGAACCAACUGUCAGAAAUAAUAACAGUACAGUGGCUGACAAAAGGAACGGAUCUACCAUGGUGCCAAACCGAAUAUUUGUCGGAGGCUUAACCAAUGGUACUACUGAACAAGAAUUAAGAAAUUUUUUCUCAAUUUAUGGUGAAGUAAAAGUGGUAAAAAUUGUCAAAGAUAAAUCUGGUGCACUAAAAGGUUUUGGUUUCAUUACUUUUGGAUCUGAUGAUGAAGUGAAGAAAAUUAUUGAUGCUGGACCUGUUUUGAUUUUUAAAGAUAAACGUAUCAACAUAGCACCUGCUUUUGAAAAAGAUAAUAGGACAAAUUAUAAUGACACCAGUAUUUCAUCUUCUCAGCAGCAGUCUCAUUUAAUGCCUUAUGGCAAUCAAGUUCAACCAUACUCAGUUCCCCCUAUGGCAACACCAGCUCAACCAAUGUUAACCCCUAUUAUGUACACUUAUCAAAAUGGUAUGGCAUUUUUUAAUAUGCCAGUAAAUGGAAAUUCUUCAGUUGCUUCUCAACCUUCAGGACAAUCCAAUUCAGUUCCUUCUGAAACCUUAGUACCAAGUGUUUAUGCAGCUGCUCCGUAUGGCCCCCAAAAUACAACAGGUAUGCAAGGUUAUAGUGGUCAACCUAUCUUCUAUCCAAAUCCUGUGCCCCAAGUCUUAUUACAGCAGUCUUAUUCAAACUUGCCAGUUAGUUCAGUGUGUAAUGGUACUCAAGGAUCAAAAGUUCUUUUUUCUAUGCCUUGUGAUACACCAUACUACUCAGGAGCUCAAAUGUCAAGUAUGGUUCCUGGUUCUGAUAUGGCUUAUUCAAUGCCAAUUAUGUCUCCAUAUAUGCCAUACAUGGUUGCUGCAUCUGAUUGUGGUUACCCAUAUUAUGAUCCAACAAUGGAAAAUAUUCAACUUGUUCAUCCUCCUAUGUAUGCAGAACAGUGCACAAGUUCUAGACCACCAUCUUCAGAUUCUACUGGACAAACACAAGUAAUUACUACCAAUCAAUUUGUAUCGUUGAUGUCAGUAGUUAGAAACGACGAGGAAAAACCUCAAAUGUAUUCACCUGAACCCCAACAAUUGUGUUUAACUCCAGUCAUAAGUUUAGCUGAACCUCCUCCUCAAUCUGUUACUCAACCAGUAAACUCUAAGCCUACCACAUCAUCUCCACCAGAUCCUGAAAAAUCUGAGUCUAAUCAACUACUCAUGACACAGAUUCAGUACAAUAUUAGGCACCCACCACCUACAAUUAAUAAUCGUCCUGAACAAAAAGAUCCUGUGAAUAAUAAACAACGGAGCGAAACACAAUCUUAUCAGGGCAAUAAUAAUAAUCUAUCUGUUAAAAACAAUAAUGAUUAUUUAAAAAGUGGUCCUAAAAAGUAUCCAGAAACUCGGACUUUCUAUAAGACUGGACCAUCCCAAUCUCCCAUUACUCAUCCCCGACACCCUAAUGGUCCUAUGGUCAAUUCUUCCUAUGCUAAUUCUUUUUAUGUUCCUAAUACUGGCUACCGUCAUCGAUUUCCUAAAGUGCACUAUCCUACUGUUCCUCAGGUGAUGCUAAAUCCAAACUAUCCUUAUCCUGCUCAGGGAAAUAUACGCCCUACUAAUGGACAGCAAAUGUUCAACAGAGGAACGAGAUACAGUAACAACUAUCAAAAAAAAAAUUAUAGUUCAUAUAAAGGAAACCGAGUAAAUCGAUAUAUUCCUGAUCAAGCUGACAACCUAGAAGUUUCCAGUAGUGAAGAUAGUCGCGCAGAUCCGUUGGCCGGAGGUGACAUGAGUACUCCUCAGGUAGAAGGAAUGUGUUCAGACAUGAGGUCAAUGACUAUUUAAAAAAAUAAUGAUAAAACCAAAUGAAAAAUUACCGCUUUUAUAUGUGAUCAAAGUUUAAUAGCCUCAACAAGACCGUUAAUCUAUAAAGCUAUUCCUACACUUAUUAUUUUUCAUAGUAUUAUUUAACUUAAUUAUUUUCUUAAGCUUGGAAUGACGGUCAUGCUGGUUAGAAAAAUAUAUUUAUAUUUUCAAAAAUAUUUUGCCAUUCUGUGUUCAAAAUUGUUAUUUAUUAAUAAUUAAUAAACACAUAUAUUAGGUAAUGGUGCAUAUUGUCGACCCUUUAUGACAAAUAAGGCUGUUUUACUGUGAUAUAAUAUAGAAACGCCUGUAAAAAACAUAGACACUUACAGUACUUACUUAAUGAUUUAAAGGUCUCUAGUGAAAUUUGCUCAAAUAGGUUUGUAAAAAAAUUCAGUGUUAUUAGUGUUUAUAAAUAAACAUAUUUUUAUGCUAUAUAUAAAUAUAUAUGUAUAUUAUACAUAUAUUUAUCAUAUGUAUAAAUAUGCAUUUAUUUAUUUUUUAUCAUUGUUAACCAAAAAUGUUCAAGUACAUUAAUCCUACUUAGUAUAAGAAUAUUGACAAAAAAUUCACAUAAUUAUAUUUAAUAAAAAGUUUUUUUUAUAUUAUUUUAUUGAAAAUCAGAUUAAAUGUUAGCAUACAGAUACUUAAAUUCUCAGAACUGAGUUUAAUAGUGUAAAAAUUACUGAAGUUAACUUGAAUAUAUUUAUAUUGGGUAAUGAAAUUAUCACAUCUAUUUAUGUACAAAACAAUUAUGAAAUUCUAUGUCUCUUAUUAUAAAUGUAUUUUGAGUUCUAAAAAUAUGUAUUUACUAUGGUUCAAUUAACAAAAAUUCAUUGCCAUUUUUACUAUAAAAUUGUUAAAAACUGACUUUCUAUUGUAUAAUGUAAGUAAUAAUACUGAAAAUAAAAUGUUAUUAAUUUUUUUUUGCUUAAAAUGAUUAAAAUUCAGUAAUUACUUUAUAAAAAAAUUUCAAAGGUACAAAAUAUUUCUUUGGUAAUACAAUAAUUUGUAUUAAAAUUUAUAAGCAUAUAUAAAUAUAAAUUGCCUAUUUGGGCAUUCAUAAUUUAAAAGUUAGUGAAAAAAUACAUUUGUAAUAUUUUAAUAACAUCACUAUUAAGUAAACUUGGUAACAAGAAUUUAACCAACUAAAAAUUCUUUUGAUAAAAUGUAAACUUUUUGUUGACUGAAAAAUAAUAUUUAUUGGUGGUUUCUCAAUACUGCCAAAUAAUAGAUAGAAAUAAUAUCGAAGCGGUAUUUUUUUUUUUUGGAUAAUCAGUGAUCUCUGAAGUGCCUGUAUUCAUUUUUUUUAUUGUAUCCUAAUGUAUAUAAAAAAAUGUUGAUUAUGAGUUAAUUAGUUUUUAAGUAAUUGUUCAGUAGAUUAUUAUGUUUGUAAAGUUAAAGUUAUAUUAAAAGUUAUAAAAAAUGUUUAUAGUUAAAUAUUAUAAUUUAAUAACUAAAAUACAAUAAUUUAGUAAGGAAACAAA